UUCUAGCGCACUCGAGCUGGUUUCUCCGAAAUGACCUAUACCUACCUUCAAAUCUAAUGCACCAGUCGUAGAUGUAAUCAGAUCAGUUAUAAAUAUCAUUAUGAUCUAUUAUCUAUCUAGUAAAACAUUGUCUAUAGAUUAUUGCAUUAGUAACUGCGCACCCUCACUGUCUGCAGCACUGUAGCUUUAAGGCUGGGAAACUACAACACGUGGAUUUUGGCACAGUUACGCGCCCCGGCGUUUUUACUGAUUCAAGAGUCACUGGUGGAAACGAGGAACUCAGAAUAUGGACUACCUGCCGGAUGAUAACUCCAGGUACAAAGACAUUGACUACUGGGAUGAAAGAUACAAGACGGAGCAGAGUUUUGACUGGUUGGGCUGCUUUUCCAAAUUCAAGCACCUUCUGGCAAAACACGUCAAGCAAGAAGACUCUAUACUAAUACUUGGUUGUGGAAACAGCAGUAUGAGUGGAGACAUGUACAGUGCCGGUUACCGCUCCAUCACCAACAUAGACUACUCCUCUGUGUGCAUCAGUACAAUGGGUGCCAGGUACAGCCACUGCCCGGGAAUGACCUGGCAACAGAUGGACGUGCGCCAACUCUCCUUUCCUGAAGCGUCCUUUGAUGUCAUCCUUGAGAAGGCCACGCUGGACGCCAUCAUGGUGGAAGAAAAGUCACCUUGGGAGGUGUCUCCUGACACCGCCUGUUUCAUUCACCAAGCACUCACAGAGAUUAGUCGCUGCUUGAAACCAGGAGGACGCUUUGUCUCUGUAACGUUUGCCAACCCCCUGUUCAGGAAACGCCUCUAUGCUCGCACAGAGUACAACUGGUCGAUUAACGAGUACAGUUACGGAGAAGGCUUUGAAUAUUUUGUGUACGUAAUGACCAAAGGAGAGGGGCUCAGUCCUGAAGAUGCAGCUCUGGAGAAGAAGAUACUGGAGGACAGAAAAGCCCCACCUCCCAUGAUCGCCACACAAAGCGAAGAUGAGGAAGACUUCCUGUCUAAUAUUGACUUAACAUAACUGGAUUUUCUAAAACAAUUUUAAUUUGCAGUUGUCACAUGCCAAAAGAAGAACUGGAGCAAGAAACAUUUUUAAACCGGGGAGAAAAUCAUGUUUGAGACUUAUCAUUUCCAUUGACAAAAGGGUCUCUUUACAUUUAGGGACUGUACAACAGGGAAACGCCAAACUAACCAAACUAAUGAAACAAAAGUUAUUCUAAAUAACAGCAUCUUUGGAAAACCAAAACCCAACUCACUAUUUUAAAUAAAUGAAAUGUAAUACAGCGCUGGCACUAGCCAACGAUGAAGUGUUUUUAACAAAAAGUUAAUUUGGUGUGUGAAAAUAUACACUACCCAAACUGACCUUUGACCUUUCUUUAUCCCGUCAUGUUAACAAAUACAGAAAGGGUCACUUUCAAGAUACAGAUCUUAACACACAAAAUGUCAACAAAGAUUGAUUUAAAGGGGACCUAUCAUGCAAAAUGCACUUUUGUACGUCUUUUAUACAUGAAUAUGUGUCCCCGGU